UAUCUCUCACUACCUUUCCCUAAGACCAAAUCCGGUUUUAGUCAGUCCCCUGAGCCUUUUUAUCCGGGUACUUGUACACUCUAAGCAGACUCCCUGUCGACUAUCUUAUGUCUAUGCAUAUCUCUCACAUCCUUCAUAAACUCCUUUCAAGGUCACUCAGCUUGGUUUUUGGUUGCUUUUACCUUUCUGUUUGACUGAUACCGGGCAUAACAGAGGUCGAAUCUUCUCCGUCAGCAUUGAAGCGGUCUAGUUCCUUACUUUGUCUCUGCCUUGGCUCUCAAGUCGUUACAUUGUAAGCUUUGUGCCACCGCACGUUUAAGACUCUCAUACAUAUACUAUCUUAUAAUACUACCCUCUCUACACCCCAUCUCAUCCCCCUUCCCAAUCAUGUCCACCGUUGUUCCACUUAAAGACUGAAUAUCUGCCUACGAGACCACUCGCCAAAAUCUUUGAGACCGAUAGCAAGCAACUGGCAUUACUAUGGCCUCCUCUACAAAGGCUCGCCAACCUCGCCUCCGAGCUUCAUGCGACGGAUGUUUCUUAGCUAAGGUCAAAUGUUCUAAAGCCAGGCCAAUAUGCUCCCGCUGCUUGGCUUGCGGCAUCGAGUGUCGAUAUUCACCUUCGAGCAGGGCAGGCAAGCCCAAAUCUGAUCCCAGUGGAAACACUCACGCGAAUGGACCCCAAGAUAUGCAGCAGAUGCAUCACGGCAUGAUGGAAGAGAAGAACAUCACAUAUUCCACAGCACAUCAAACGCCGCCUGAACAUAUGUUCACUUUCGAGACCGGAUGGACCACUCCCCCCACUAGCAUGGACGGUGGUCUUAGUCGAAACCCUUCAAUAUCGACAGGACUUGCUUUGCUCGGAGUUGAAGAUCGAACGAUGGGCGAACAUGACCCAAUGUCCGCCCCGCCAGAGAUGUAUUCAUCGACAAUGCCAUGGACCCCCCCUACAGACCUUUCGUGCGCGACAUUUGGCGACAUCCCCGUCACAACAGGCCCUAUACCUAGCGCUCAGAUGCGGUCCCAAUCGUUCGACAUGUCCAUGUCAACACCGAUGGCGUGGAACGACCCGGUCUCCCACGAUAUGAUUGCAUACAACCAAGUACCAACCCCGACAAGCAUGUCUUCCAAUUACUUCCCUAGCCCAACGACAACGCCUACAAUGAGGCCAGCUGGUCCACGUCAUAGAUCAUCAUCAUCCACUAUCAACGGAGGUUCUUGCACGUGUUUUACGGCUUGCCUGCAAUCGCUUCAAGCAUUGCACAAUGCUUCUUCGCCAGCAUCGCCACCUUUUGAUUUUGUCUUAUCUCUGAAUCGGAAGGCGGUCGAAGGGUGCGCGGCCAUGUUAUCCUGUACAAAAUGCAUGAGCCGAUCUGGUACGCAUACUGCAACGAUGCUCCUUGCCACGGUUAUCGGUAAAAUAACGUCAUUCUACAAAACCGCCUCUCACUCUUAUUUCGAACACGGCGGUAUGGGUAUGACACCGAACAACCCGGGGACCAACGUAGGUGUCAGUCUUGGCGUUUACCAGCUCAAUGGCGAGGAUGGCAAAUGGCUAGAGCUUGAAAUUCUGGCUAGAGAGCUUAGGAAGCUAGAGGAGGUGUAUUCCAGGUUCCGGGAAGUUGUCUGUACAGAUUUCUCUGACGUUCCUGAUGUCACGAAAGCUAUGAUCGGCUACCUUGGACAAAGCCUGGGGUCCACGCUUGAAGUCAUUAGCCAUAGGAAGGGAGAUAUGACUUUUAUUGCCUAAAGCUUCAGGCGAUUAUUAUGAUAGGUGCGAACACGGCACCAAGCCGCAUACUAUCGGACGAGAUUACGAUGUGACGCAGAAGAGGCCCAAACGACCUACGCAGCAAUAUAUACGUUUCAAGACUGGCUAAUUAUAAUGAUCAACUUCGAUUCCAUUACAACCCAUACGUUCUACAUUUUCGAGUUGGAUUUCGCCACAGGGUUCACCAUAGCGAAAGCGAGUUUCGGCGCUCUGAGGCAGGUGUUCUAUUUUUCAAGCCGGAGUCAACUGCUUUUCUUCUCUUUCUCACU